AUGUCUUCGAAUUCUGUUACUCCUGAGUUUGCUGAGUUCAUCAAUGCUCUUCGGUCUCCUGAUAAUGCAGUCCGUGAUAAUGUGAUUGACCAGUUCUUUAAUAUUAUUUCCUCCACCACGGAUUCCUCGGUGAAAUCGUUCGUUGUUGUCAUUCUUCGCAAGUUACACAGAAAGCUUGGAGCCAGCUCGAUGACCAGAAGAAAGGCCAAAGUAUUGCUUCCUCUGUUAUUCUCCCUAGUUUUAUCCUUCCUACCCCAGUUGUUCCAAGUGGAGAACGAUGGUCGCGUUCGCCACAAUCUCUGUGACCUAAUUUCCCAAGUGAGCAGUCUGGAGCCCGAGUGGCCGGCAUUGUUCCCCUUCGUUCUCUCUGCCUGCUCCCAGGAAUCCGAAGUCCGCGUGGAAGGCCUGUACCUCCUCGGCGAGCUGAGCGAAAGCAACGAAUCCCUCGUCGCUGAGCACAUCACGGAGAUCGUCUCCAUUCUGAGCGGCUCGCUGCAGAGUUCGAAUCUCGCCUUCCAAGUCGCUGCGGCCCGCACGACGAUGAAGAUCAUGACCGAAAUGGAGGUCGAGAACGUGGUUUCCACGUUCGUCAGCGCUCUCCCCGCGGUGAUCAACACGGUGCAGCUGGUGCUGAACGCGCAGGAUGAAGAUUCGCUGCAGUCGCUGCUGGAGGACCUGGUGAAUUGUGCGAGGUGGGAGCAGCGCGGUCCCGUGAUCUGCGACUUUGCUCGGCAGCUGGUGGGUCCGAUCGUGGAGAUGUGUCUGGCGAUCGCCGGGAACGAGUCGUUCUUCACGGGAACGCGGUCGCUGGCGGCGAACAUCGUGUCGUCGAUCGCGGAGGAGAACGGCGGAUUCUUCCGGAAGAACGCAGGCGCGAUCACGAAGUACCUGGAGAUCGCCGUGCAGAUGAUCAGCGACAUCAGCGACGACGCGUCCUGGGAGCAGGGCGUGUUCGGCGACGAGGACGAGCUCUCGGAGGACAACAGCAGUCCCCAUGUGGCCGGAAUUAUGAUGGUGGCCAACCUCGCGGACGCGCUGCACGCCGCGGCGUACAAGCCCGCCACGCAGCUGAUGACGCAGUGCAGCCGGUCGGAGAACUGGAAGAUCCGCCGCGCGACGUACGUGCUGAUCUGCCACAUCGCGGACGGCUGCAAGAAGCAGGUGGAGGCGAAUCUGCCGUGGAUUACGACGAUGAUGCUGAACGGACUGAACGACGGUCGGGCGCAUCCGCGCGUUGUGUUCGUGGCGCUGCAGGCGAUCGCUUACGUGUCGGUGGCGCUGCCGGUGACGUUCCAGAAGAAGUGCGGCGCGCAGGUGCUGCAGAGCGUGCUGCAGCUGGUGCAGAAGAACCCGUGCCUGCGCGUGCAGGCGAUCGCGGCGUCCUGCGUGGGACAGUUCUGCUCGUGCGAGAUGAUCAGCAAGAAGAUCUUCAAGAACGUGCUGGAGCCGCUGACGCAGUGGAUGUACAGUCUGUGCUCGGUGAAGUAG